AAGAAACCAAACCGUGUUACCGUACAACAGCGCUUAAUGCCCAGAUUUAUCUCAAGCAGACAGUAGAUACAUGCGAAGAAAAGAUGAGAAAUGGCUGCACAUCCCAUCAAUCCUUUUAGGCUCACCACUACUGAAACCAGAGCUCGUAUUGGAUCCGAUAUCACUCUUCAGUGCCACGUGUCAUCUGAAAUCACUUUUGAUGUUAACCUGGAGAUCAGAUGGUUUAAGGGGACAGACUGUGUUUGUCUCUAUAAGAACGGAAAGGUGAUAGAAGGAAGAGGCUACGAGAACAGAGUGAGGAGUCUAUUCACAGAAGUAUUAAGGAAUGGAGACGUAUCCUUAACACUGAAAUGCUUCAGACGGUCAGAUAUUGGAGAUUAUAUGUGUCAGGUCAACAAUGGAGACAGAACAGAAGAGAUAAAUAUAAGAGUAAAAAAGGUCACUCAGCAUCUGUGUACAUCAUAUGGAGCACUAGCAGCUGGAGUAUUGGCACUAGCAGUAGCAGUAGCUUUAGCACUAGCAGUAACAAAAGAGAGGGGAGGAACAAUGCAAAUGCAUACCUAUGCAGCACCAGCACUACCAAAAGCAGCAACAAAAAGAGCAGGAAGAGUCCUAGCAGCAGUAGCAAAACAAGCAGCAGCAGAUGGAGCAAGAGGAGGAGGAGCAGCAGCAACAGUGAUAGUAGCAACAGCAGCGGCAGGACUAACAUUAAUAGCAGCAGCAGCAAUAAUUGGAGCAGCCACAUUCAUCAAAACUGAGAGGAUAGAGAGAACAUGGAGUGAUGUGGAGAGAAUGGAAAUUAAAAGAUCUGCUCUAAUGACAGUUCAAUUAAGAAGAAGCAGCAAUGAGCUUAUUAAUCCAUCCAUGAGUGGAGAAACCUGAAGUCCAGAGUCUUUUGUGUUGUUUCCUGGAUAAGAACUCAGACUGGUUCUGCUGAGAGUCCUGGACAGAGUGGAGAAGAAACAGACCAGUACAUCUGGAUCCUUCUGCUAGGAGUGGACAGGGGCAAUCAAACCAAAAAUGAUCUGCAAUCUCUGAUUAAAAGGACACAUGCACGUUUAAUCGUUCAUCAAACAGUGACACCCCCCCAAAUGUUGUGUAAUAUAUCAGCAUACUGUACAUACAUUAUGUGUGUCAUAUCUAAGGACAGUAAGUAACCUGAAUCUGUCUUCAUAGACAUUAGAAAGUGAAUUCUGCCACAAAUCAGGUCCACUUUAUUUUAGUCAUAACUAAACCAAAACUGUGCCAUAUUUUCACAAGUAUUGAUUCAUAUAAUAUAAACAGAUGUUUUUCUUGUAUUUAAUUUCACUAUCCAUCAUUGUGAAGUAAACUGUUGGAAAAAGGGAGCGAUGUUAAAUGUACAUACUUGUAUCAGACAGCAUUUCAAAUAUUAUUGUAACUGCAUAUUAAUUAAAUGCAUUUGUGUUGGUAAGAACUAAAGAACUUAAACAAGGGUUUAAAAAGAUAGCGACUAUGUUCUUUUCAAGUUAGCUGUCACAUUUGGCCUGGAUAUGGCAUGAUUGAACAGAUAUGGACCAAAUUGUCACCAUACUGUAUUAUUUAUUUUUUUGCCAUGAGUUACAGUACAUGGCCCAAAUAAUAAUAAACACAUAUGUUAUAGAUACGGCACACCGCUUGUAGUUAUUCAACAGUACCUUGUUGAAAGGAUUAAGGCAAUGCUGAAGGCAAAAUGGGGUCCAACCCAGUACUAGUAGGGCAGGGCUAUUCAAAUCUUACCCUGAAGGGCCGGAGCACUGCAUAGUUUAGCUCCAACCCUAAUCAAACUUACCCACCUGUGAUUGUCUAGUGAUCAUGAAGACCUUGAUUAGCUUGCUCAGGUGUGUUUGAUCAGGGUUGGAGCUAAACUAUGCAGUGCUCCGGCCCUCCAGGGUAAGAUCUGAAUUGCCCUGUAUGGUAUACCUAAUAAAGUGGGUGGUGAGUGUAGGACUUAAUGUCUUUCUUGUUUCCUUUUUUUUUCUUUAAAUCUCUCUGUACAUUAAAAAAAAAUAAAAAACUAAUCAACCCUUGGCUAUGUAUACUGUGUUAGACUUGAUGAGACAGUGCACUUAUUUAUUGCUGUUCUUGUGUUGCUAUAAUUGCUUCUAUUGUUUACCUCAUUUGUAAGUUGCUUUGGACAAAAGCAUCUGCUAAAUGACUAAAUGUAAUGUAAAUGUAAUUAAAUAGCACAAUGACUUUUUCCAUUAUAUUAAUUUAAUGUAUUUUGGUUUGUAAAAAAGGUUAUCAAAUUAUCACAAAUAUUGAAUUGAAAUAAAUGUUACACAUUUUUUAGCUGUA